GCCGAUCGUGCCACCAUAGCUCCUGCUGCUGCCCAUACCGCUGCCGCUACCGCGGCGGAGCUGAAAUUGCCGAACGCGAUGCCCGAGGGCGCUGUGAGCGGUGUGGCCCUCGCUCGCCGAGGCUGGUCAGUGAGAGGGCAUACUGGGAAGCCCUGUGAAGUGGAAAGACAGUGCCGCUGUUGAGACAAGACCCAGGACUGGGCCGGGGACUGUCCCAAAGGGUUUCUCGUCGUAAUGGCUGUGGAAGGGUCAACCAUUACCAGCCGGAUCAAGAAUCUGUUGAGAUCUCCAUCCAUCAAACUGCGCAGGAGUAAGGCAGGAAACCGACGAGAGGACCUCAGCUCCAAGGUGACCUUGGAGAAGGUGCUGGGAAUUACAGUGUCUGGAGGCAGAGGACUUGCCUGUGACCCCCGAUCAGGUUUAGUUGCCUACCCAGCAGGGUGUGUGGUUGUGUUGUUCAAUCCCCGGAAACACAAACAGCACCACAUCCUCAACAGUUCCAGGAAAACCAUCACUGCCCUUGCCUUCUCCCCUGAUGGCAAGUAUUUGGUCACUGGAGAGAGUGGGCACAUGCCUGCCGUGCGGGUUUGGGACGUGGCAGAGCGCAGCCAGGUGGCCGAGCUGCAGGAGCACAAGUAUGGUGUGGCUUGUGUGGCCUUCUCUCCUAGCGCCAAGUACAUUGUCUCUGUGGGCUAUCAGCAUGACAUGAUCGUCAAUGUGUGGGCCUGGAAGAAAAACAUUGUGGUGGCCUCCAACAAGGUGUCCAGUCGGGUGACAGCAGUGUCCUUCUCUGAGGAUUGCAGCUACUUUGUCACUGCAGGCAACCGGCACAUCAAAUUCUGGUAUCUUGAUGACAGCAAGACCUCAAAGGUGAAUGCCACUGUGCCCUUGCUGGGCCGCUCAGGGCUGCUGGGAGAGCUACGGAACAACCUAUUCACUGAUGUGGCCUGUGGCAGAGGAAAGAAGGCGGACAGUACCUUCUGCAUUACGUCCUCAGGGCUGCUGUGCGAGUUCAGUGAUCGAAGGCUUUUGGACAAGUGGGUGGAGCUGAGGAACAUAGACAGCUUCACAACCACAGUGGCCCACUGCAUCUCUGUGAGCCAAGACUACAUCUUCUGUGGCUGUGCUGAUGGCACCGUGCGCCUUUUCAACCCCUCCAACCUGCACUUCCUUAGCACCUUGCCCCGACCCCAUGCUCUGGGGACAGACAUUGCUAGCGUCACUGAGGCCAGUCGCCUCUUCUCUGGAGUGGCCAAUGCCAGGUAUCCAGACACCAUUGCCUUGACCUUUGAUCCUACUAAUCAGUGGCUGUCUUGUGUGUACAACGAUCAUAGCAUUUAUGUUUGGGAUGUGAGGGACCCCAAGAAAGUGGGCAAGGUGUACUCGGCUCUGUAUCAUUCUUCCUGCGUCUGGAGUGUGGAGGUCUACCCCGAGGUGAAGGACAGUAACCAGGCCUGCCUGCCCCCCAGUUCCUUUAUUACCUGCUCCUCAGACAACACCAUCCGCCUGUGGAACACAGAGAGCUCCGGGGUGCAUGGCUCCACCCUCCACCGAAACAUCCUCAGCAGUGAUCUCAUUAAAAUCAUUUAUGUGGAUGGGAACACCCAGGCCCUGCUGGACACAGAGCUGCCUGGAGGAGACAAAGCUGAUGCAUCCCUGAUGGAUCCCCGCGUGGGCAUCCGCUCGGUGUGUGUCAGCCCCAAUGGACAGCAUCUAGCAUCAGGGGACCGUAUGGGCACACUUAGGGUGCACGAACUUCAGUCCCUGAGUGAGAUGCUGAAGGUGGAGGCCCAUGACUCUGAGAUUCUGUGCCUGGAGUAUUCUAAGCCAGACACAGGUCUGAAACUGCUAGCAUCGGCGAGCCGGGACCGGCUGAUCCACGUGCUGGAUGCCGGACGGGAGUACAGCCUACAGCAGACGCUGGACGAACACUCAUCCUCCAUCACUGCUGUCAAGUUUGCAGCCAGUGAUGGGCAAGUCCGCAUGAUCAGCUGUGGAGCAGACAAGAGCAUCUACUUCCGCACUGCGCAGAAGUCUGGAGAUGGAGUGCAGUUCACACGGACACACCACGUGGUGCGGAAGACGACCCUCUAUGACAUGGAUGUGGAGCCCAGCUGGAAGUACACGGCCAUUGGCUGCCAGGACCGAAACAUUCGGGUAUUUAACAUCAGCAGUGGAAAGCAGAAGAAGCUGUUUAAAGGGUCACAGGGUGAGGACGGCACACUCAUUAAGGUGCAGACAGACCCCUCAGGGAUCUACAUUGCCACCAGCUGUUCUGACAAGAAUCUCUCCAUUUUUGACUUCUCCUCAGGCGAGUGCGUGGCCACCAUGUUUGGCCACUCAGAGAUUGUCACUGGCAUGAAAUUUAGUAAUGACUGCAAACAUCUCAUCUCUGUGUCUGGGGACAGCUGCAUAUUUGUGUGGCGCCUGAGCUCUGAGAUGACCAUCAGCAUGAGGCAGCGUCUGGCCGAGCUGCGCCAGCGUCAGCGGGGCGGCAAGCAGCAAGGACCAUCCUCUCCCCAAAGGGCUUCUGGACCCAACCGGCACCAGGCGCCAUCGAUGCUCUCUCCUGCACCAGCUCUCUCAUCAGACAGUGACAAGGAGGGAGAAGAUGAGGGGACUGAAGAAGAACUUCCAGCACUGCCUGUCCUUGCCAAGAGUACCAAGAAAUCACUGGCCUCGGUCCCCAGCCCAGCCUUGCCCCGAAGCCUGUCCCACUGGGAGAUGAGUCGGGCACAGGAGUCUGUGGGGUUCCUGGACCCAGCUCCUGCAGCCAACCCAGGACCCAGAAGAAGGGGGCGCUGGGUUCAGCCAGGUGUGGAGCUGAGCGUUAGAUCCAUGCUGGAUCUGCGGCAGCUGGAAACGCUGGCCCCAAGCCCGCAGGGCCCUAGCCAGGACUCACUGGCCAUCAUCCCAUCUGGUCCCAGGAAGCAUGGGCAGCAGGCCCUUGAGACUUCACUCACUAGCCAGAAUGAAAAGCCCCCUCGGCCUCAGGCUUCCCAACCUUGUUCCUAUCCCCAUAUUAUCCGAUUAUUGUCACAAGAGGAAGGGGUCUUUGCCCAAGAUCUGGAACCUGCACCCGUUGAAGAUGGUAUUGUCUACCCGGAGCCGAGUGACAGCCCCACCAUGGAUACCAGUGAGUUCCAGGUGCAGGCUCCAGCCCGGGGAACUCUGGGAAGAGUGUACCCAGGCAGCAGGAGCUCAGAAAAGCACAGCCCUGACAGUGCCUGCUCUGUGGAUUACAGCAGCAGCUGCCUUUCCAGCCCCGAGCACCCCACUGAAGACUCUGAGAGCACGGAGCCCCUCAGUGUGGAUGGCAUCUCCUCAGACCUUGAAGAGCCAGCUGAGGGCGAGGAAGAAGAGGAGGAAGAGGAGGGAGGCACGGGCCCCUAUGGGCUACAGGAGGGCAGCCCCCGGACUCCAGACCAGGAGCAGUUCCUAAAACAGCACUUUGAGACUCUGGCCAAUGGAGCUGCUCCAGGGGCCCCAGUGCAGGUGCCAGAGAGGUCAGAGUCUCGGAGUAUCUCUUCACGAUUCCUGUUGCAAGUACAGACCCGCCCACUCAGGGAACCAUCCCCGCCCUCCUCAAGCCUGGCACUGAUGUCGAGACCAGCCCAGGUGCUACAGGCAUCUGGUGAGCAGCCGAGAGGCAAUGGUGCCAAUCCACCUGGAGCACCCCCGGAGGUGGAACCGUCCUCUGGCAACCCUAGCCCCCAGCAGGCAGCCUCUGUGCUGUUGUCACGAUGCCGUCUCAACCCUGACAGCAGCUGGGCUCCCAAGAGAGUGGCCACAGCCAGCCCCUUAUCUGGACUCCAGAAGGCCCAGUCUGUGCACAGUCUGGUGCCACAGGAAAGAGAUGAGGCCGGUCUGCAGGCCCCUUCACCAGGCCCACUGCUCUCUCGGGAGAUCGAAGCUCAGGAUGGUCUGGGCUCCCUGCCCCCAGCUGAUGGCCGUCCAUCUCGGCCUCACUCUUAUCAGAACCCCACCACCAGUUCCAUGGCCAAGAUAUCCCGCAGUAUCUCUGUUGGGGAGAACCUGGGCCUGGUGGCUGAACCUCAAGCUCAUGCCCCCAUCCGAGUCUCACCACUCAGCAAGCUGGCCCUGCCCAGCCGGGCUCACCUGGUCCUGGACAUCCCCAAACCACUGCCUGACCGUCCUACCCUGGCUGCAUUCUGUCCUGUCACCAAAGGCCGGGCCCCUGGCGAGGCAGAAAAGCCUGGCUUCCCAGUGGGCCUAGGAAAAGCUUACAGUACAACUGAGAGAUGGGCCUGUUUGGGGGAGGACACCACUCCCAAGCCUAGGACAGAGUGCCAGGCUCAUCCUGGGCCCAGCAGCCCCUGUGCCCAGCAACUGCCAGUCAGCAGCCUCCUCCAAGGCCCCGAAAACUUGCAGCCCCCACCCCCUGAGAAGACUCCCAACCCCAUGGAAUGCACCAAGCCAGGGGCAGCCCUGAGCCGGGACUCAGAGCCAGCGGUGAGCCUGGAGCAGUGUGAGCAGCUGGUGGCAGAGCUCCGCGGCAGCGUGUGCCAGGCCGUGCGGCUCUACCACUCGGUGGCUGGCUGCAGGAUGCCGUCAGCAGAGCAAAGUCGGAUCGCCCAGCUCCUCAGAGACACCUUCUCUUCAGUGCGACAGGAGCUGGAAGCUGUGGCUGGGGCAGUGCUGUCCAGCCCAGGCAGCAGCUCUGGAGCCGUGGGAGCCGAGCAGACACAGGCCCUACUGGAGCAAUACUCAGAACUGUUGCUUCGAGCCGUGGAACGGCGCAUGGAACGCAAACUCUGAGUUCUGGAAGCCUGUCCCAAGUGAAUGAAUGCCCCAGCGAUUCCAAACUGCAGCCCCUCUGCCACUCACCAAAACCUGCGGGGCUGCUUGGAGUGGAAAGCAGGGAGCAGUGUUCAGAGGCAAAGCAGCCUUCCCAGCUGCUCCUCAUGGGGGGCCUGUAUUUAUUAAUUUAUUUCCCUGACUGUUGCCUCACUUCCUUGGAACUCCUGCCUCUACAGCCCCUCGAGUGGCAGGUCUUGGGUCUUUGUCAUCUUGGUGCUGUGAGAGGUAGGAGAGCAGCCUGCCCCAUCUAGGAAUCUGGGAAGGGCUGGCCCUCUCUUAGAAGCCAUUUGAAAUUACUGCAGGGAUCAGCUCCCUGUGGUGGAGCAUACACAGGGUACUCUGGGGUCGAGGUGAGAGGUGAUGUAGUAUUCAGUGCCCGUCAGCCAACUGUGGGCCUUCACCUCUACCUCCACUUCCCCUCUCACACCAGCUGCACUCGCCUGGCUGCCAGAGCAGGGUGGUUUUCCCCAAUACCUGGCAGCUCAGAAAGGCAGAGCCAUCUGGCCCUCCAGGGUGUCCCCAGCCAUCAGGAGACUUGAGUUGGUAUUAGGACCUGAGCCUGCACAUUCCACUCCCAUUCUCCCUCCAAGAGGGGCCCAGCUUUGUAUUUCCCGGUGACCCCUUACUCUCCUGGCCAGAACUUGAGCCAGCUGUGGGAUGUUGCUGCAGGACAGUAAGCCCUCACCUUGGCAAACAUGAAGCUCUGGCCUCCUUUCCUCAGCCCCUUGUUCUUCCCUGUCCUCCAGCCCUGGACCCCAGCCAGCUGCUGGAGCCCAGAGGCCACCUUCUCCCUGCAUCCUGAGUGAUGCUCAGUCAGAAGCCUGUGUUGGAACAUCCCUCGUUUACAGGGCGCUGGCCCACCUCCUGAGGACCUUGGCCACAGAUGAGAUCACAUGCAUGCAUGCGCACACAUGUACACACACACACACACACACCUACCUGCACAGCAUGCCGUUGAGUGUUGCUUGCUAGAGUAUCCGGCUGGCUGCUGUGUGCCUGGUUUCCUCACAUCCUGCCUCAGCUUCACCACCCUGGCUUAUGUGGAACACAUAUCAGGGAGCAGAAAAGGGCUGCAGUACACUAAGUGAACCCAGAUUCUGGAUUCUUGGUGUCCGCAGCCUAGCUGAUACGAGAUGGCCCAUAGGACACCUGGUUUAGGUAGAAGGAGCCUCCUCAAAGGCAGUGCUGGGCACCCAUGGGUGUGCUGAAUACUGGAGCUUGAGAGGAGGGAGGUGCCGGGGCCAAAGGAGACACUAGAAAAGUGGUAGAUGGGACAGGUAAGUGGCAGAGGUGAGGGGGUAGGUUAGAAUGUAAAAGGGCAGUAAUUAGGGUUGAGGGGAAGGAGAUAGGGGACCCUAGGAGGUAGAGUGAGACCAAGUCGUGAGGCAGUUGAAGAGUUGAGCAAAGGUUUCUCUGGGCCCUACUGCUCCCCUCUGCUCCAGGUAAGUCAGAGCAGCUUUACCACAGCUUCAGGCCACGAGAGCCCCUUCACCCGCCCUGCUGUGCCAUAGGCAGAGGCUUAUAAAGAAAUGGGUUCCGGGCCAGGUGUGGUGGCUCACGCCUGUAAUCCCAGCACUUUGGGAGGCCGAGGCGAGUGGAUCACGAGGUCAAGUAAUCGAGACCAGCCUGGCCAACCUGGCGAAACCCUGUCUCUAGUAAAAAUACAAAAAUUAGCUGGGCGUGGUGGUGGGCGCCUGUAAUUCCAGCUACUCGGGAGGCUUAGGCAGGAGAAUCGCUUGAACCCUGGAGGUGGAGGUUGCAGUGAGCUGAGGUCGCGCCAUUGCACUCCAACCUGGGUGACAAAGCUAGACGCCAUCUCAAAAAAAGAAAAAGGGUUCUGAAGGGUGCCCAGCUCCAGGGCAUCAGCCUGAGUGCGCUUGAGCUGCUCCAAACCGCUCCUCUAGCAUCGCCACCCGCAUGGCCCCGGAACUCCCGCAGCGGGGGGCGGGCCCGUGCCCGCUGCGCCCCGACUUCCCACACCAGCCGCGCCCACCGCAGGUGGGACUCAGGUUCGCCCUCUGGGCCAGGUCUUUCACGAGGAGGGAGCUACCCUUCGCCAGAAGUUUGUGAGAACGUGGCCGCCCUUUUCCUGCCCUUUGCCCCAUGUGGGUGGGGGGGCCCUCGUGACCCGGCCGGCGCCCCGUCCCCUUCUGCAUGUCUGAGGCCACCGGCAACCGCCGCCCCACUCCAGAUUUGCCCCCGCCCAGUUUUGAAAGCCUCUUAUUUAUAACUUUUCUACUUUGUGCAGGUCGCGGCGCUUCCCGCCUCCUCCUUGGCUGCAUGGGGCGGGGGGCUGUUUUUAACGUGCCCGUUUGUACUGAUGUAUGAACUUGUCAAUAAACACAAUUGUUUGUUAA